CGAGACAUUACAACCGAAAACGCGCACGCAUAUACACGCACGGGUGUCAUUCCAUGCACCACACACACUCAUCUCCUCUUACUCCACGUCUAUCAAAACACAUUUUACGAACGCUCUCUCCGUCACAUCCACGGGUUUAUGGCCACUACGCUUCUUGCGAUGAGCGCUGCGCUCGCACCGGGACAAGAUGAUUUUCUCUCCCUUCUCAAACCCUCAUUAUCCGACGGAUUUCAGGAGGACUCCUCUCUGUUUUCCUUUGAAGCCAAGAAUCCCAUCACGGAAAGGUGCUUGCCAAACGACUACUCUCAGGCUAAAUUAGAGAUGGAUAAAUAUCUGUCUCCACAACAUGUGACUCUCCCAGAGCCAAACAAGUCACGGCAAGACAGUGCCUCCGUAGUGGACCAGUUUUUCGGGGACGACCAGGGUUCCCCCUACAGUAUCAACAUGAAUGUCUACCUGCCUGACUUAGCUUACCUAAGAACGGGGCUGUGCCGACCUGCACGGCCUUCAGUGCCCAGCCAGGUUAAAACUGAACCUGUGGCAGCUCCUUUCUCUCAUCCGCAGUGCCCGGUGAGCACAACUGGUCCUGCGCAGCCCACGUUACCAGAUUUCACCAGCAUUUUUAAUUCGAAUUCCACUCCAGGCUCUGACAUCAACACUGUGGAAGACAAUUGUGGGGUCUUCAUCAAGCAGGAGAUGCAAGGCUUUGACAUCCCUCAGGAUGGGCCUCUUUUCCAGCUUCUCUGCUCAGAGCUUGACGUUCACCAUCAGAAUGUCACAGACUCUCACUCCCACCCUCACGCUCACUCUCACUCUAUGCCCUCACAGAUGCCUACUUUCCAUGACCUGCACUUAGCGACACAACAGACUGCUGCCAAGCCAUACUGUGGCAUGCCUGCCUCCGGGUACCCUCUGGGCUCGGGUCACUUCAUCCACCCCCAGGGUCAGCCCCACUCACAGCUCAAAAUGCCCUACCUUCCCCCAUCACCUCCCUCUUCAGAACCUGGCAGUCCUGAUAGACAGAAGGAACUGCUUCAAAAUCUGACACCACCACCAUCUUAUGCUGCCACUAUCGCCUCCAAAAUGGCUGUGCAUGCACCCAGUCACCCGACCCCCACCUUAACACGAGCUCCCGGUACCACUGGGUCCAUGCCUGUCCGCUACAACCGAAGGACAAACCCAGACCUCGAGAAGAGACGGAUACACCACUGUGAUUUUCCAGGUUGCAAGAAAGUUUACACCAAGUCAUCACACUUGAAAGCUCACUUGAGGACACACACUGGUGAGAAGCCGUACAGGUGCACGUGGGAGGGCUGUGACUGGCGAUUUGCCCGUUCCGAUGAGCUGACGCGUCACUUCAGGAAGCACACAGGAGCCAAACCCUUCCAGUGUGCCGUGUGCAGCCGAAGCUUCUCUCGCUCUGAUCAUCUCGCACUGCAUAUGAAGAGGCACCAGAAUUAGGACCCCCCAAAAAAAACACACACACACACACACACACACACUUACUUAUUAUUAUGCACUUGAAAAGAUAAUAGAACAACAUAUUUCUUCCUCUCUACCAUGACGUCCCUUCUAAUAUUUAGGGUAAAAAUGUGUCUCUUUGAAAUGUCAACACUGUUUAAACAAGCUGUUGACCAUAAACUGACAAAACUUCUGCUAUUACCAUGAAAUUAAAUUUCUUGUUGUUUAAUACCUUCAGAUAUCAUAAUCUGUACUUUUUCUUUCUGUCUCCUUAUAACAAAUGGUUUUGAGGAUGCAUAGAUCAAAUUUCCUUGAAGACACUCCUCACAUUUUACCAUUCUCUUGAAUGUAAAUAAGUUGUCUGGUACAUGAGACAGCCUCAAUGCAUCACUCACAGCCUAAAAAAGACUUCCCUGGAAGAUGGAAAUAUACAGUUACGUUUGUUUUUAAACAUAUUUAAUAAAACUGUAAACUGUACAAGAUUUGUUAAAUCUUGUGCAUUUUCAAAGCACUAAGCCACAAAUCCCUUAUUACUUUGCACUUGAAUUAGACUGGAAAAGAUUUAUACAUAUGUUAGAUAAAGACCUUAAAUAUACAUCACUGGAAUAGUUACUGCUUAUACAGGACCUUCAAGUAUGCAACUUAUACUGCAAUUCCCUCUUCAGGCAGAUUCAGUUGCUGAAGUAUUUAUAGCUGUGGAUGAUAAUGUGCUGCUACUGAACAGCAAUUCUUUCAUGAAUUAUUAAACAAUGCUAUAGAAAAGCAAUGAGAAAUGGAAAAGGGCUUUAGACAGUUGUGUGAUUUGUACAGUCUUCUUUAUACACACAGAAGCAUGACGACCAUUUGUUUUCCUAUUGUCAUUGAUGCAUAAGCUCAUAUGAAUGUGCGAGACCACAGUGGCUGUUCUUUUGAAGUAAUGCCUUUGAAACACAUUUCAUCUUAAAGUGCCUUUUGAUGUUUGUUUUUAUCAGCAGUACAUGCUAAAAUUACACUUUUCUUGUUUAUACAUGGACAGAAGGUAAAAAAUUCAGCAGGUUACCAUUAUGCCACGAUUACAGCGAUUUGGCUGCCUUUCAAGAGUAAAGUGAGGGUUAAAGUAUCAAUCGGUUCUUUCUUGUGAAAUCAAUGUAUUUAUUGCAUUGGCUUUGUGAAGUAGAAUUUGACAAGUUUUGUGUAAUUGAAAUGCCUUUAUGUAAAUACUGUGACAUUUUAUUGUAAAUAUUAUUUUGAAAUAUUUUGUUACUUUUUUUUUUUGAAAAGCAGAAAAAGGGCCUCAUAUUGCUCAAGAUUUUAUUUUAUUUUUUUACAUAUAAUACAGUAAAAAAAUUACAUAUUUCAAUUAAACUUCUUUGUAGAUUUUCAGACUGUAUUUCUAAAUUGUUUGUCCUCAUGACAAAAGUGUUUUUUUUGUGUUUUUUUUUUGGCCUACCGAUUGAAAUGAAACCUAA